UAGAGAAAGGAAUCGUCAACAGUUUUAUUGUGAACACAAUUAAACGUUCUAAAUCUAACUAAGUGAAUCUUUUCUCUUCGCGCUCCAACCUCAACAAACACGCUGCAAGUGUACGCACCGUACAUUUUAUGGUCCUUCGAGCCGGAUACUCUGCGUCUCUGUGUCUCUUUACGGUAGCGAAUCGGUUUAGCUGGUCUCCCAGAAGCGGGUCGCCCCAGAUAGAUUGAGAAAUCGCAUAAUAUCGUAAAUAAGGCGCAUAGGUGCUGAGUACCACUGACCAUUUCAAAUCAAGGAAGACAACGACUUCAAGAUUUGAAACGACGAAAGCUACGAGCAACGCAGUAGCCUUCGCAACAAACUCAACGCUUACCUGUUACCGUCAACGACGUGUCAAACCCAACAAGAAGCACAACAAUGGAGAAACUGGAAUUGCAGUCAGAGUGCUUCGAGAACAUAAAAACAUUAUGUUUGAACUAUCGCAAGGAUUCCGCCUCGCGAAAAACUGAAGAAUACUUGAAGAAACGGUUGUCGUCGCUAGAAAACCAAUGGCAAGAUUUCGAAAGCAGACACAAGCAACUGGUGCUGGAACUAGAAGAUAAGGAUACAUCAUACUUCAAGGAUGACAUCUUCGGGAAAACGAAAGAAAUGUUCUUAUCAACUAAAACAAACAUUACGAGCAAACUGGCGACCUUGGGUAAACAAGACAUCAAGUUCGACCUAGGUGGGACUUCCGAGGAAGACGACAAGAACAACAUAAAAUUUUUGCUUCACAAGCAAGAAUGCAACUUCAAUGCCAUAUAUCGGGUCAUCUCAAAAAUUGAUGCAGUUCCUACCUCAGAAAAAUGGGAACUGGAAGAUCAUGUCACGACGUUAAAAUCAAAAUGGGACCCCAUUGAUAAACUUCACUGGGAAAUAGACUUCCAACUCAAAGGUUCUAACGAGCAUUAUUACCAAAUGUUUACAGACAUCGAACAGAAAUACGAUGAACUGAAGAGGAAAAUCAACACUCAACUCUGGUCCACCAUCCAUUACCAGAAAUCAACACCUAAGAUAGAAAUCCCUGAGUUCUCAGGAAACUACUGUCAGUGGAUUUCCUUCAAAGACCUGUUCCUGGAAGCUAUACACAAGAACCCAAUGAUCAACAAUGUCCAGAAAAUGCAGCACCUAAAGACUAAACUGCGAGGUGAAGCUGAACGCUUAGUGCAGCAUCUGACCAUUAGUACUGAAAAUUAUAACUCCUGUUGGGACAUACUUAUUCAGCGCUAUGAUAAUCGUCGCCUGCAGUUUACUUCGUUUAUGAACAAUAUGCUAAAUCUGCCGAUCAUACAAAAUGCAGACUCGUAUAACUUAAAGAAAAUGCAUGACGUCAUUACUGAAUGCUUGAACGGCAUUUCUAAUAUCGGUAUUGACACUUCAAACUGGGAUCCGAUCAUUGUACACAUAAUGUCGCAAAAACUGGACUCAAUCACUUUCAGUGACUACAUGAAGGAACUUCAAGAUCACAGAGAACUGCAAAAUCUGCGCGAAUUUCUUUACUUCCUCGAAACACGGUUCAUGGCAUACGAAACGAUGAAGUCAGCUAAGAAAGCGAACACUACAGCUCCAGAAAAAUCAUCUAACGGAAAACCAUUCAACAAGCAAACCCAGAUAAAGAAACAUCAUUAUUAUAACUUCAAUCAAAAUAAAACUAACAACUAUCACGCUUUACACGGAAAAUGCCCAUUUUGCAAUGGAAGUCACGUAUUGCGCCAAUGUGACAAAUUCCUUCGAAUGGACUUUGGCAAACGAAAUGACACAGUUUCAAGACUGCAGCUGUGCAAAAACUGUCUGUUCAGCCAUGGCAACAACGAGUGCAAAUCAACUAAAACUUGCAAAGAAUGCAACUUAAAACACAACACAUUGUUGCACAAUUCGGACAAACAAAACAUAACUUCAACGACUGGAAAAAACAACAUUGAGCAACGCUCUUCAUCAUCAACUCACCAACCAACAUCUAACCAUCUAUAUAAGGACAACAUGGAAGUUUUACUGACUACGGUCCAGUUAAGAGUUAAAUGCAUAAACGGCACCUACAUAACAUUGCGUGCCCUACUCGAUCAAGGCUCACAAGUAAACUUGAUAACAGAAAAUGCGGCACAACUAUUACGUCUUCCUCGAAAGGGGAUAAACGCAUCCGUGUCGGGAAUCGGUUCGGCUUCCAGAGAGUGCAGGGGAAAACUGAAAUUGACCUGCCAAUCGAUUCAUUCCGACUACAGUUUUGAUACUCAAGCGCUUAUCAUGACGAAGUUAACAAACAACUUGCCUACGAGAACGUUCGAAAGAGGUACAUGGUCGCACUUAGAAAACUUAAAACUGGCUGAUCCUGACUUCAACGUGUGUCGGCCAAUCGACCUACUACUAGGAGCCGACGUGUAUUCCGAAAUUAUCCAAGAAGGUGUAUUGAAAGGCAAUAACAGCUCCCCAGUUGCACAACAUACGCAAAUUGGGUGGAUUUUAUGCGGGAAGACGAAACAAACGUUCGGCUGCCACGCUACUCUAUUUGACUUAGAGGACUUAACAAAGUUCUGGGAGACUGAAGAAAUUCAGAAAAAGAAAGACAUUCCGAACGACGAUCAUUGCGAACAAUUUUACAAGGAAACGGUGAGAAGAUCAACUGAUGGAAAAUAUAUUGUUAAAAUGCCUCUAAUUCCAGACUACGCAGAGAAAUUAGGCAAAUCUAGAAAAAAUGCAAUUUCGCAGUUUUUACAGUUGGAAAAACGGCUGGAAAAGAAUGAAAAACUUUCAACAAUGUACAGACAAUUCAUGGAGGAGUAUGCAGAUUUAGGUCACAUGAAACCUGCGUGUCAGAUGUCUACAGACAGCUACUUUUUACCACAUCACGGGGUCCUGAGAGAAAACUCCACAACAACAAAGCUGAGGGUCGUAUUUAAUGCUUCUCAAAAAACGACGAGUGGACUUAGCUUGAAUAACGUCAUGGAAAAGGGCGCUAAUCUACAAAAAGAUAUUCAGGCUCUUAUAUUCAAAUGGCGAACUUAUAAAUACGCAUUCACAGCGGACAUUGAAAAAAUGUACCGCUGCAUUUGGAUUUCAAAGGAACAACAACAUCUACAGAGAAUCGUAUGGCGGAACUCACGAGAUCACCACCUUUACGACUAUCAGCUGUGUACCGUAACCUACGGAACCAAAUGUGCACCGUGGCUGGCUAUGCGGACAUUGAAACAAUUAGCCAUGGAUGAUGGUCAUAAACAUCCUAAAGCUGCCAAGAUACUUACAGAAGAAUGCUACGUAGAUGACGUCAUCAGCGGUCAUAACAACCUCUCAGAAGCGAAGAAACUGCAACAAUCCCUAAUCCAAUUGUUAAGAGGAGGAGGCAUGAACCUACGAAAGUGGACAGCCAAUAACCGAGCUAUAAUAGAAGACUUACGCGAGGAUCAAAUUUCGACACAAAACAGUUUUGAUUUUAAAGGUGAAGAGUCAUCAAAAACAUUGGGUCUCGGUUGGAAUCCUAACAGCGAUACUUUCCACUUUAAAUGGCCGGUUGAAGACGUAAAACAACUAACAAAAAGAAACUUACUCUCAGCUAUAUCAAGAUUUUACGAUCCACUGGGAUGGGUCUCCCCAGUGACGAUCAAAGCUAAACUACUAUUCCAGAAGCUCUGGAUGAGCAAACUAAGCUGGGAUGACAAGGUGCCUAGCAACAUCGAGUCUGAGUGGCUGAAUCUAAGAAAAGAGCUCCCGUACGUUAGCAAAAUAACGGUAGACAGAUGGAUUGGCAAUGCACAAGAAAACGUCGAAUUAUUAGGCUUCUGUGAUGCAAGUGAAAAGGCAUACGCUUGUGUUAUAUACAGCAAGGUGCUCAAUGAACAGGGUCAGCCCAUCAUAACUCUACUAGCUGCUCGAACAAAAGUAGCUCCACUAGCACAGAAGACAACAUUACCUCGGCUUGAACUGUGUGGCGCUCAACUACUGGCCGAUUUAAUGGAAAAAAUCAAGCAAACGUUCCACGGAAACGUAUCAAUACGGGCCUGGACAGAUUCUCAAGUUGUCCUGGCGUGGAUUCAAGGAGAAUCAUCAAGAUGGGAGAAAUACGUAGCCAGCAGAGUUACAAAGAUCAAAGGCGCCAUUCCUGCAGGUCAAUGGCGUUAUAUUAAAUCAGAGCAGAAUCCCGCAGACUGCGCAUCAAGAGGUCUUUUGCCAAGCAAACUGAUGAGUUUCAAUCUAUGGUGGCAUGGUCCCGAAUUUUUAACAAAACAAGAUCUAUUGGAAGAUAAACCAUGCGCUUUCCAAACCAAUUUUGGUGGCAUAAAUCACAUUCAAGUCACAAAACCUUUACAAGAAAAUAAUGAACGUACCAUAAUAACAAAUUUAUUGAACAAACACAGUUCAUUGACACGAGUAAUCCGGGUCAUCGCAUGGAUUUCGCGCUUUAUUACUAAUUUGCGUAAUAGAACAAAAUCAGAAACUGCGUACCUAACGACAAAUGAACUAAGCGCAGCACGUCAAAGUAUCAUAAGACACACGCAGCGCUUGGAGUUCAAUUCCGAAUACAAACAACUCGUGAAUAACGAAAUAGUAUCAAAGAAAAGCGCAGUUUUCAAAUUAAAUCCUUAUAUAAACGAAGCUGGAAUUAUUUGUGUUGGAGGUCGCCUCAAUCAUUCAAGCUUACCCGGGGAGAUGAAGAAUCCAAUCAUCAUACCCCACAGAGGACGACUUACCCAACUACUUAUAGAAGAAGCUCAUUCAACGACGUUACAUGGAGGAGCUCGACUGACGUUGGCUUAUUUAAGACAGCGCUACUGGAUCAUCGGCGGUAACCGGGCCGUUAAGAACCUACUUCUAAAAUGUGUACGCUGUCACCGCUUCAACAAAACAGAUGGCUACCAACUGAUGGGAGACUUACCGCAGCAAAGGGUCACCCCUUGCCGACCCUUCACGCACACAGGAGUAGACUUUACCGGUCAUGUUGAUGUCAAACAAAAUAGGGGCAGAAGCGUGAAAACUUCGAAGGGCUACAUAGCCAUAUUUAUAUGUAUGGUGACGAAAGCCGUUCAUAUAGAACUUGUGUCAGACCUCAGCACAGAAACGUUUAUUGCAGCCUUCCAGAGACUGUGUGCGAGGCGAGGCACCCCUAAGCACAUGUACUCUGACUGUGGUACAAACUUUAUUGGCGCUGCGAAAGUACUUCGUCAAGAAUUCGGAGAGUUUCGACGACUAUUGAAACUGGAUCUCUUUAACGAACUGGCCAAACUGGAGGUGGAGUGGCAUUUCAACGCCCCCGCUUGGCCCACUGCUGGCGGUCUGUGGGAAGCGGCCGUCAAAUCGAUGAAGCACCAUCUACGACGAGUACUCGGGGACCAAAAACUAACAUACGAGGAGUUCAUAACCUUGUUAGCAAAGAUAGAAGCCUGUUUAAAUUCGAGACCCCUGUGCCCGCUAACUGAAGAUCCGGAAGAAUUUUAUAGCUGUCUCACUCCUGGACACUUCCUAACAGGAAGCCCAAUAUUAUCAAUGCCGCUGUCUGAUUACAGCGACGUAACUAACAUAGAUCUACGUCGUAGGUGGCAGCUUACCGAGCAUAUGUUUCAACAAUAUUGGAAAACCUGGUCCAACGAUUACCUGACUACUCUACAAACACGUAGUAAGUGGAACAAGCCUUCUAGAAACGUCAAAGAAGGCGAGGUAGUACUGGUGAAAGAAAACAAUCUACCGCCGGGAAAGUGGGCUCUAGGUCGUAUACUGGAGACUCAUCCAGGAUCUGACGGAUAUGUUCGAGUUGUCACCGUCAAAACUCAAGCAGGGAUCAUAAAGCGCCCAAUAACAAAAUUAUCGCCAUUACCACUGAACUCAGAAAUUGAAGAGGUCAAGGAAAACGACGUGAAAAUCAAGCCUCAGCAGGAUUCUAAAAAUAAACGACGGACUAGGUCAAGGAAUAAUAUUUCAAUGCUACUAACAGCAAUGUUAUCAUUGUUUACAAUUGUAACGGGAUCCUUUAGCGCCACUGAUGGCACGCGCGGAGCGCCGUCAUCAAAUACUCAAAUUACAAGUUUGGAACGCGAGCGGCCGAUAUACUAUGACACCGUCGGCAAAAUGCAAGUAGUGCACGACGAAUGGAUUUUGAUGAUGUAUUACAAUCUGACUAAUUACUGGGAAGGAACUCGUCGUACACAAACGUAUUUCGACAACAUCAAGAGUUUGUGUUAUAAAACGAAUUUACAACACUGUAAGUCAACCAUGGAACAAUUAAGUCAUGAAAUAGAACAUCUAAAUUAUUACAAUUCCAUACUCAUAAAUCCUCAUAAGCAUCUAAGCAACAGGAAGAAACGGGGACUUAUCGACGGCGUCGGUUACGUGGCCAACAGUCUUUUUGGAAUAUUGGACCAACGAUUUGCGAAGAAAUACCAAAACGACAUUCAAUCAUUGCAAACUAACGAAAACUACCUACUCGAGUUAAUCAAGAACCAAACAACCAUUGUGGAGCUUGAAAACCAAAUACUAAAACGAAGUGAAGAAAAUAUUCAACGCCAAUUCAGCUUCAUUGAUACCUUUGUCAAUCAGACCAACGCAAACAUGGCAUCCAUCGAAACGGAAAUGGAAAUACUUUCAGCCACAACUUAUAUCAAUUCUGCUUCGUUAACAACAUACCUACUGAUCAGCAGCUUAAGGACGUUCCAGGAGAUGCUAUUCAACACUCUAACAAACGUCUACCAAGGACAUGUGGACGUUCAUCUUAUAACUCCGGUCCGUCUGAUGCAAAAACUAACGGAAAUAUCCGGAAACCUUCCAAAAACUUUAUCGCUACCAGUCGAAAACUACAAAGAUAACAUAAAGGACAUGUACAAGCUAAUAAAUGUGAAAGCUCGAGUUACUGAGAAUUAUUUUCUGUUCGAAGCACAUAUCCCACUAGUAGCUAAUGAAGAUUUCAAUUUAUACAAAGCCAUACCUUUACCUGUGAAGAUUGCUAAAGAAACUACAUAUGUGCAAUUAUCGAACAAAUACAUUGCUGUCAACCUUAAGAAGAAUGUUUACAUGAGUAUGUCUGAAGAUGACUUGAAACACUGCACACAACAAAAAUCGCAGAAUUUAUUAUGCAAGAAAAACUUGCCAUCAUUUAAUCUACACAGCAAAGACGCUCCAUGUGAAGCAAAACUGCUUUCACAUCGAAACAGCAGACCUUGUGACGUAGAACGCUCGUCAUGUAAGGACAGUUGGAUAGAACUGCAAACACAAAACAGCUGGCUGGCGAUUUGCUGCGAAACAUGUUCAUUACGAAUUAUAUGCAAUAACGACGUGCAAUCACAAACCAUCUCAUCAUCGAGCAUAGUCACAUUAUCUCAGGGAUGCGUCUUGCAAUCCACUGACUUGACCAUCUAUGCUCAGCGUCAAUACAAAGACCACAUGAAGAUGGAUUAUGAGUUCACAGCUCCAACAGUUGAUACAUCCAUUAACAAAAUAGUGAACUUAACAUAUCACUAUGCGCCAAACAUUCUUCAAUCAAAAGGCACCAAUCAAGAAAUUGAAGCAAUUGAAGAGAAAAUAGCAAUUCAAAGGAAAGGGGAAGCUUCACCACCAACAAUGACGAGUCAUGACAUCCAUCAAUAUGCCGUCUGUUAUUCAUUGCUGACAGCCGCCAUCAUAGUAGCACUUGUUGUGGUUGGGAGGAAUCGUUGCCCAAACAUGUGCACGAAACACCCCAACAACAAAACGGCUAGUCAGCUAUCUGAAGAAAUUGAACUUCAAGUUAUUAAGAAACCGGUGUGUCAGGAAGAAACAGGCGCAGCACAAGCUACGGAGAACUUGCGAGUGAAACCACGACCUGGGAGCAGGAACGUCGCCUUUCAAUUUGGCAAAAUGACCAGAAACUUUAACGGAAUGGUUUCGUUAAAAGUUUGGAUGUGUUUGGUUAUCGUGGCCGGUGCGCGCGCACGUUCCGCGCCGCCCGCCCCCACCGGCUGUCAUUGGGACUAUUCGGACACAAAGUUGAGUGAAUCAAACUUUCUCACGUGUAACAUUAAAACCAUCGGCUCGGUUGACUUCUUGUUUAAAAACAUCACUACGGCGCAGGCGUACAACAUCAACAAGUUGAAACUGACUUGCACGGAUUUGUUGUUCUUUGAAAGUUCUUUACACAUGAAUACCGGCAGUUUUUUGGGCCAGCUGCGAAAACUUGAAGACCUGCGCAUUGAGUACUGUAAGAUACGGUACGUGCCCGCUACUGUCCUGUCUCCGCUACGUGAUUUAACAAGUUUAACUCUGCGUUCCUACAAUACGGAUUGGCCUGCAAUGACUAUGGAGUUUCACGCUGAAAGUUUUCGUGGACUAAUGGAACUUCGGACGUUGGACCUAGGUGACAACAAUAUUUACAUGUUACCGUCUGAGGUAUUCUGUCCGCUUUUUAGUUUGGAAUCUUUAAAUCUUACCAACAACAGAAUUCAAGAUAUAUCUGAAAUUGGCUUCUCGGAUUGGGGUAAAGGACCUAUCGCGCCUGGUAAAUCUUGCAAUACCGGGCUGAAGAUGCUUGAUUUAUCUCACAACAACAUUCUACGACUUCCGGACAACGGUCUUUCUAGUUUAAGAUCUUUAGAAGUGUUGAAUAUUCAGAACAACUUAAUUAAUGAAAUAGGCGACAGAGCCUUUGUUGGACUGAAUUCAUUAAAAAUUCUGAACUUGUCGGGAAAUAAGUUAGUCGCUGUCCCUCCCGAACUAUUUCAAUCAUCACGAGUUAUCAAAGAAAUCUCAUUAGCGAAUAAUUCGCUUUCUGUGUUGGCUCCGGGAUUACUUGAAGGACUUGAUCAGCUUGAGAAAUUGGAUUUAUCCAGAAACCGUCUUACAAACGAUUGGGUUAACAGAGAUACUUUUGCUGGACUUAUCCGUCUAGUUAUAUUGAACUUAUCUUAUAACUCGCUUGCACGUUUGGAUCCCAAGUCUUUCCAUGACUUGAAUACUUUACAAGUUUUGAACCUGGACAAUAAUGCUAUUGAGGUUAUCAGCAAUGGAGCAUUUGCUGAGCUUAAGAAUUUGCAUCAGCUGUCGAUAUCAGACAACAAAAUAAAAACAUUAAAUGAACACAUAUUUUCCAACUUGUUUGUUCUUAGUCAGCUGUAUUUGGAUAACAAUAUGAUAUCAACAAUCCACGAAAGCUGUUUUGAAAACAUUACAUAUUUACAAGACUUAGGCCUAAAUGGAAAUAGUUUGAACACAAUUCCUGACGGAAUCAAAAAGUUAAGAUUUUUGAAAUCAUUAGAUAUCGGAAAGAAUAACAUAUCUAAAGUAGCAAACACGUCUUUUGAAGGAUUAGAAGAGCUUUAUGGACUACGCCUCGUUGACAAUCAGAUCACAAGCGUGCUGAAAGAUACAUUUAGUACUCUGCCGUCCUUGCAAGUGCUAAAUUUGGCAUCUAACAACAUAGACACAAUUGAACAAGACGCGUUUUUAUCUAAUCCGACUUUAAAAGCAAUCCGCUUAGACGGGAACAAACUGACCGACAUCCGAGGUGUCUUCAACAAACUAAAUACCCUCGGUUGGCUUAACAUAUCUGACAAUAAACUUAUUUACUUUGACUAUAGCUACAUGCCAGCGAGCCUUGAAUGGUUAGACAUACACAGCAACAAUAUUGCAAAACUAGAAAACGAAAAGAAUGCUCAACAAAACAUCCGAAUGCUUGAUGUAAGUUACAAUGCAUUAGAAGACGUCGAUGAAAGGUCGAUACCUGAUUCUAUUGAAGUCCUUUUCUUAAAUAACAACAAAAUUCACACGAUUCACCCAGGUACGUUUUUACAAAAACGAAACUUAGAAAAGGUUGUCGUGACUGACAAUAAAUUGAGAACCGUUGAACUAUCGGCGUUUACGUUGCCCCAUAUACCGAAGCAUAGAAUGCUGCCAAAAUUCUUUAUUGGAAAUAAUCCAUUUGUAUGCAAUUGUCACAUGAUUUGGCUGCAAAAGAUAAAUCUUUGGAAUCAUAUGAGGCAAUAUCCGAGAUUCAUGGAUUUGGAUACAGUAACAUGUGAAGUUGUGAAUAACAAGUAUGGCGGAAAAGCUAACCUUAUGGAUGUUCCUGAAACUCAGUUCCUUUGUUCUUAUGAAACUCAUUGCUCAUCUAGUUGUUUCUGCUGUGAUUUUGAAGCCUGUGACUGCAAAAUGACUUGUCCUGACGGCUGUUCCUGUUUCCAUGACAGCAACUGGAACUCAAAUGUCAUUGAUUGUUCAAACGUGGGCUACACAGAAAUACCUGAGAAAAUACCAAUGGAUGCGACGGAGCUGUAUUUGGACGGCAAUGAUUUCCGUGCCUUAAAUAGUCACCUUUUUAUUGGCAAGAAGAAGUUACACAAGCUUUACCUUAACAAUAGUAACAUUGCCAAUAUUGACAAUGACACCUUAAAUGGUUUACACUCAUUAAACGUCCUUCACCUUGAAAAUAACCAUCUGACUGAGCUAUCUGCUGGAGUGUUUUCUCAAACAAAACACUUGAGGGAGUUAUACUUGAAUGAUAACCUCUUGACAAAUGUCGCAAACAAGACUUUUGAGAACCUGUCAUCUUUAAGAGUUGCGCACUUCCAAGGAAACAAGAUUCUCGACCUUGAUAAAAAAUUGGCGCACGUAUCCCAUUUGGAAAGCGUCAACCUUCAAGGAAACUUGUUCACAUGUGCAUGUGAAAAUAUCAUGGCUCUUCAAAACUGGUUCAAAAAGUACUAUGAAGAUCCCGCCGAAGUGUUGUGUGUUAGUGAAAAUGGACUCAUGUCGAACUAUACUGUGUUUGAUGCAAUUGAUAAGUGUCGUGAUUCUAGUGAUAUGGACAAUACUAUUCCUACUGAAAAUCAACCGUAUCAAUAUGAUGAAGUGAGCCCCAUUAAACUGAACUUUGUGCCACUUUUAGCUGUAGUUUUGAUAAGUGUUAUUCUUAUUCUAUUAUUCGGUGCCUUAGCGUUUUCGUUCAGACAAAAUGUUCGCUUAUGGGCACAUUCCAAAUAUGGAGUUAGAUUGUUCAAAAGUGCUUCAAUCCAAGAGAGUGAACUCGAUAGAGAUAGAUUGUACGAUGGAUACGCUGUGUACAGUUUAUUGGACGAUGAUUUUGUAUCUAAAGUUGUUGCUCCAGAAAUGGAACAUUCCGGUUACACGAUGUGCUUUCAUUAUAGAGACUUACAACAUACUCCUGAUAAUUAUUUGUCUGAGCAAAUAACAAAUGCUGCAGAAUCAUCGAAGAGAAUUUUAGUAUUUGUGUCAUUUAAUUUUCUGCAAAAUGAAUGGUCUAAAGCUACUUUCAAAGCAGCUAUGAAACAUGUAAUAACUUCUAUUCAUCCUUCAAUAAGGCGACAUAGAGUAGUCUUCAUUUUAACAACUGAUGUUAGUGCUCUUAACUUAGAUCUAGAUUUCCAAAAUUAUUUGAAAACUUGCAACGUUUUAUUGUGGGGUGAAAAGAAGUUCUGGGAGAAAAUUAGGUUUGUAAUGCCAGACAUUUCUAAUUUACAUUGGAACAAAGAUACAAUGAAUUACAAUCAUGGCGUGUGUCCAAAUGGUAGACGGCAUCCUUCCAGAUACACGGCUUCGCCUACUGCGCCGGAACAUUGGUACAAGUACGACGCAAUACCGCCUCAAACGCCUACUGCUGCUAAUGUAGGCAUAACUAUUGAGGACGACACGUCGAUGUUAACUAACACUACGUUGACGAGUCAGAUUCAAGAUGGGGAGAAUUUACAUCAUAGUUACAUUUCUAUUGAUACACAAAAUUAUGAGCAACCCUACGGCGGCCGGCCUAGGCCUCCUAAUACAUUGCGUAAACAUCCUGGCCACCACUCCCCAUCUAUGCUCGAUGAGCAGGGUUACUUACAACCUCGCUCAUCUGUGCACGACUGCUUGCCACAAACUCAUUCAGCCGUGCACAGAUGAUAAGAUUGUUAAACUUUUCUUAUCGGCAAGACACUUCGUAAUGGAAGUUGACAUUCCAAGCGCAUGUGUAGACUAGACCGCUUUUUAAGUUGGCCAUGCCUUACUGAAACAUGAUACUUUAAAAUAUGUUGGUUUAGAUAAUUUGGCCAAAUUGACUUCGUUCCUCAAUACUUCGGACAUUGUCAUGUUAAAAGACUGUAUUGUUAAAUGUAUUCUAAACGUAUCUAUGUAGAGUGAAGCCUUAUUGUAUUUCAUUGUAUAAAGCUAUAUGAAUUGUUAUUCAUUAAGACUGAUACAUAAUAUUGUGUAAACAAAAUGCCAGUAUCAGGAGUGCAGACUAGCAUGAGUAUUUUGAUAUAGUAUAUCUCAUUGUUACCAAAUAUUUUGUAGAUAGACAUUACUAAUCCUUGUAUAAAAUUAUUAUUGUAUAGUAUUACUAGUCAUUAGGUAAAAUUAUUGCAUAGUGUUGAAAAUUUGUAGAUACUUAGUUACAUAAUUAGUGGUAUCCAUGAAUGUAUUAAUAAUGUUAUUGUUGGAAAGAAUUUGUAUCAAUUUACGUAUGUGAAUCUUGGUAUCGCUAAGUAUGUAACUGAAUGUUUGUAUAUUGUAUUGUAUAAUAUUCUUGACUGUUACAUUAUAAUAAUUUAAAAAUAAACCAAUAUCA